CCCACAUUCUCAAUCACAAUUCACAUCUCCCACAUUCUCAUCCAAACUCACCCACAAAGCAUCAGUGAGCAUACAUUUUUCUUCUUAAAAUUCUACUCCGUAUACAGAAAUAAUGGCAGUCGAUUUGCUUGGAUACAACAACCUCAACGAGCGAAUGGCGAUUCAGGAAGCGGCGUCGGCCGGUUUGAAGUCCAUGGAGCAUCUGAUUCGAGCGGUUUCUCACCAGCAGCACCAUCAGAUGCAGCCGCUUGACUGCCGAGAAAUCACCGAUUUCGCCGUUUCUAACUUUAACAAGGUAAUCACCAUCCUCAACCGCACCGGCCACGCCAGGUUCCGCCGCGCGCCUAUUCAGCCUCCGCCGGCUCCGGUUCAGCCUCUGAGUCUGUUCUCUCUCCCUCCGGCGGCGUCUCAGCCGUUGACGCUCGAUUUCACGAAGCCUGGCGCCGGUUUGGGGAAGGACGAGGGUGAAAUGAUCGGAAAGGAAGGACUCAGUCUCUCAGCGGCGGUGUCUACCUCGGGAAACUCGUCGUCGACCUUUGUGUCGUCUAUUACAGGCGAAGGCAGCGUCUCCAACGGAAAAGGCGGAUCUCCGUCGAUGUUUGCUGUUCCGCCGAUCUCCGCCUCCAAACCGCCGCUCUCGGGGAAGAGAUGCCGCGAGCAUAACCACUCCGAUAACAUUUCCGGCAAAACAUCCGGUUCUAGCCGAUGCCACUGCAAAAAGAGGAAAAUGAAGGUGAAAAGAGAAAUUAGGGUGCCGGCGGUUAGCUCAAAAGUUGCAGACAUUCCAGCGGAUGAGUACUCGUGGAGAAAGUAUGGGCAGAAGCCGAUCAAAGGAUCGACAUUCCCAAGGGGUUACUACAGAUGUAGUACUUUGAGGGGAUGCCCGGCGAGGAAGCAUGUGGAGAGGGCGACCGAUGAUCCAACGAUGCUGAUGGUGACGUACGAGGGGGAGCAUCGCCACACGAUGCAGGAGAUCUCCGCCCCUGCGCAGUUAGUUGUGUCGUGAGAAGAUAUUCAUGAAAAUGGGGACUUCUUUUGAAAUUUCGAGAUAGUUGGAGGCUAUCAUGUAAAUUCGGUAGGAAUAGUGGUAGAUUACACAAUCUGAAAAAAAAGGGCUGAAAAUGUUUAAUUUGGGUUGAAAUGGAUUAAUUUUUAUUGGA